AUGAGAUCUCUGUGGUUCUUCUUCGUCUUCCUACUCCUCCAUCUGAGUUCCUCAGGUUUGGAGGCAGCCCCCUCAGCUUCGCAGCCUCCCGAGCCCUCGAAGCAGCACAACGCUGAGGGCGGGGUUGUCCCUGGAGCGACUUCUCCUCCAGAGACCCCAGCCUCGACCCCUCAGCGGUCAGAAUCGCCAGAAGUCCCCCACCCGACCCCUCCCAAAACUUCGCAGCCAGAAUCCUACGAAAGCCUGGGCCCUGCUUCUCCUGAGGGUGUACAGCCAGAAUCCCCGAAGGUCUCUGCCUCUAUCCCGCCAGUACCUUCUCAGCCAGCAUCCCAUGCAACCGAGAUCCCUAGAGUCCCUGAGAUUUUACAGCCAGAACCCUACACUUCUGACUCCUCAGCUAUACACCCAGAAUCCCAGGCCAGUCCCAGUCCUGACCUCUCCGAGACUCCCCUCUCUGAAUCCCGAGAGGCCUCCAAUCUUUCUCUGAAAAUUUCCUCCCCAGAACCUACCAGUGUCCCGCAUUUUGAGCCCUCAAAGACUGCCCACCCAGCUCCCGGGACCCCUAGCUCUGAACCCCCAGGACCUAUGCAAUUCGAAUCUCCUGCGACCCUUAUCCCUGACCCCCCAGAGACUCCCCAUCUAUCAUCCCCCGUUCUUCAGUCUGACGGUCCAGAAACACCCCACCCAGAAUCCUACGCAACCCCCAGCCCUGUACCUUCAGAAAUGUCCCAUAUGGAAUCAUCUGCCACAGCCAGCGCCAACUCCCCAGAAACCCCUUACUUAGAAUCUUCCAUGACUUCCCACUCUGGGUCACCCGAGACUCCCUACCAAGAAUUCCGUCCAUCAGAUCGCCAACCCUCAAACUACCCUCAGAACCCACUCCCUGCAGCCGCCCGGCUCCUGGAACCCCCUCCUCCCUCUGGUCCACCAAUUCGGGCCAGACCUCUUCAGCGGAGACGUGGGAGCGACACUGUGAAUACCAUCAUCGUAGUGGAGAGGGUUCAGGAGACUGGUGUGACCCUGGUGGGUAGGCCCCGCGGCGCGGGAGGCGGGGCUCUGUGCCUCUUCCUGGCUGGUACCGGACUCCUACUCGGAGUUUUCCUUCUCCUUUGGUGUAUAUACCGCCGGGCUGCACGUUCUAGGCCCUUUGGACACCACCGGCUGCCAGACGACAGCGACGAACCAGCUCUCCACCUGGACGCCCCGAAGGAUCCUUAUGACCUCCACUUUUACGCCCCGGACGCAUGGGUUCCCUCCCACAUCGCCACCAAGCAGCCACCCAGCACGCCCCCUCUGCCUCCCAAGUUGCCCCCGCCUCCGGGCCGGACCUCGUCGCCGCCGCGCCUGGAGCCGCUCUCCCCAGCUGCUCUGCCCAACAAUUUCGUGUGAGCCCAAGCCUAGCAGAGAGGGGGGGCCCCAGGGGCUGGGGGCCCCCGAACUCUGGCUUUUACCCAGCGUGCUUUGCGCUUGUAGUCCUGAAACGGGGCGGUGGCGGGGCGAGUCUGAAGUGCUUUGGCUUCCG